UCUCGCAUACUUUCUGUCAAAAUUUUCUGUUUCACUGUUGUUAAGCAAAGACCGACAUAUAUUGAACAUUUUGUAAGUCUCUAGCCGGCAGUACUCCGUGUUCCGGUGACCUGCCGGCGUUCUCAUCUGCCAAAAAAAAUAAAUUCCGACGGGUUAUCGAGCUGGCUUCCCAUAUCUGGAGACGCUUCUUCCCAGCUCGAUCUCGACGGACGCCCGGUCUACUUCUGCCUCGAAUUACUCCCACUCCUGCAAUGGAUCUCAAUCCAUUCAGGCUGUGUUCUGGACUCAAAGUUAUUGGCUAUUUCAUGAUCCUCAUCGUUCUUGCUAUUGUUGUACUUUCGUAUUAUGCCGUCGUCGUUCUUAUCUGGGCUCCUCGUCUCCUUGAUGGUGGCUUCACUUCCUUCUUAUCUUUCACAAUUAUUAUCAUCUUUCAUAUCCUUCUUGUAAUGCUAAUGUGGAGCUAUAUUAAGGUAGUAAUUCAGGAUCCUGGUUCUGUCCCUGAAAACUGGAAACUAGUAUCGGAGCAGAACAUAGAGGAGGGCAACUCAGUUGCUUUAUCUGAUUAUGCAUCAAUCGAGAAUCCUACUCCAACAUUAUCAACUGAACAGAUAGAAAGAAGACAGUCUCAGUCUAGAGGCUAUUGCAGUAAAUGCCAAAACGGCAAGCCACCACGUUGUCAUCACUGUUCUGUCUGUCAAAGAUGUGUUCUUAAGAUGGAUCACCACUGCAUAUGGGUUGUCAAUUGUGUUGGGGCUCGCAACUACAAGUUUUUUCUCCUUUUUGUGGUGUACACAUUUUUGAUAACUACGUUGGACACUCUGGUACUGCUGCCCAGUUUUAUAAAAUUCUUUCGGCAAACCAAGAAUCAGUCAUUAUUACCAGGGAAUAUUGCAGUCAUUUUUCUAGUCUUCGUUUUGAAUCUAGCCUUUUCACUCAGUCUUCUCUGCUUUGUAAUUAUGCAUGCAUCUCUGCUCUCAAGCAACACCACUUCGGUGGAGGUUUAUGAGAAGAAAAAAUCCCUGCAGUGGAAGUACGACAUGGGCUGGAAAAGGAAUUUUGAACAGGUUUUUGGCGCAAAUAAGGCAUUAUGGUUCUUUCCGUUGUUCUCGAAGAGAGAUAUGGAGAACAUACCGGCACUACAUGGAAUGGAAUUCCCAACACGUUCAGAUGCUGUAGAAUGAGUUGUUAUAUAGGGAUGUAUAUAUAACUUUGUCUCAUUACCUCAGACAAUGCAACAGCAGAUGCUAGAGUAGGCAGUUUAUCAUCAAUUGAUUGGUUGAUAUUUCAAAUUUACAUUAGGAGCAUGUUGAUUGUGUACUUAUUUAUCUUAUGUGUAAAUGUUCUGUAACAUAAUUCUGAAACAUGUCCUGUAUGAAAGCUCAAUUUAUUGUUGGU